CGGUGGGUGAACAGGAUUGUGCGGGAGCGGGAGGGCAACCGAUUGGUUGAAGGGUACAACUUUUGUAGACUGCCGCCGCCGCCCGAAUAGAAUGCCCGGUCAUUAUGGUUGUAUUUUUGGUGCAAAUUUGAGUCUAAAGACAGGGCGUUCUAUUCGGGUGAAGACGGGAAUUGUGAGUGGAUCGAGCAGGGAAGUAAAUUAGCAGAUAUUUUGGAGUGCAUGCUGUCGAAAACAGGGUUCAAUACAAAUGUACAUCAUCUAGGAAACUAGAUUAAAAAAGAAGAAAAAAAAAGAAAAAAGAGAAAGGGAAAAAGUAACCAUCAUGAGAUAUUAAAGUCAAAAUAGAUAAGAACUUAGAGAGCAUGUUAUGGAAGGGAAUGACGAUAUGGCUAAGUCACACAGAUAGCUAUAUUAGGAAAGUUGAUUAUCAACGGCGAUAUAGCUAGGGGAAGAAGCUUUUUGGUACAAGUUUUCAUGUGUUCAUUAGCAAAGCGUUGGCGACUACUAUAGAAAACAGCCACCAUGAAUCCUCUCACGCAAGUGAAGAACACUCAGAAGGCAACACAGAGGGAGGUGGAUGCAGGCAUCCAAGAUGGAGCAUCAUGGCAUGCACGUUACAAAGAGUCUGCUUAUAUUUUCACGGGUGGCCUGCCAUAUGAUCUAACAGAGGGAGAUCUACUGGCUGUCUUUGCUCAAUAUGGCGAGAUGGUGGAUGUCAAUCUUGUGCGCGACAGAGACACGGGGAAGUCGAGAGGGUUUGCCUUUUUGGCAUACGCCGAUCAGCGUAGUACCGUUCUCGCCGUAGAUAACUUCAAUGGGACCGUGAUCGGUGGACGGACAAUCAGAGUGGAUCAUGUGGCGGACUACAAGAAGAAGAAAGAAGAAGAUGAGGAGGAGGCCAUGAGGGCGAGGGAGGAGCGUGGUGUCUGCCAUGCUUUCCAAAGAGGAGAAUGCAAAAGGGGAGGGGCGUGCAAAUACUCCCACAAUCUUGAGAGGGCUGCUAAUACAGGUUGGAAUGAGGAGGAAGAGCGGAAGGCCCGGGCGAGAGAGCUUGGCGGUCAUGCAAGGGGCGGUUCGAGUGGUCGUUGGGCGAACGAUCUGUACGAGGGAGGACAUUCAAAGGAAAUGGAUUUCAAGGGAAAGGCAGGUCAGAGUCAACGAACUGUUGAUGCAACUGAGCAAAGUGGUGCCCAACGUCCUCCGAGAGAACCGCCUGUGGCUGCACCUGGUUGUAAUCCGUGGGAAGGGAGCGUUUUUCAACUGCUUCGGGCUAGCACGGCUGGCAAGCAUCCGAAAAACUCCAGCCAAAGGCAGGGAGAGGGGGAGGGGAAAAAAGAGGGUGCAGAACAGCGUACGAAGGAGGGGGAUGCCAAAGGUUACAGGAAACAAGAUACACAGAAGAACAGUGAUACCAGGCAUGAUCAGAAACGGAGCAAGAGAAGUCCUGGUCGAGAUCGGAAGGAGGAGGAGAGCCCGCCAUGGGAUGCCAUGAGGCUUGCAAGGGUGGAUAGAGGAGGGAGGGGCUUCGCCAGGGAAGACCUCAGUGGAGGGGAGGAUGGACCAGAGACUGCUGGUAGUCGGGGUGUUGAGAGGGAGAAAUAUGGCUCCAAGUCGAGAAGGGAUCGGGGUAGGGGACGGGAGGAAGAGUAUGAGGUAGCGGAAAGGCAGGAGCGCGACAAGAGCGAUGCUGUUGGGUGUUACGGCAGGGGGGAAGAAACUUCACAAGAAGAGGCAGCAUGGAGAGAGAGGACGAGGGAUGGAAAAACAGGGAUUGAGACGAGCAAACACGGAUGGAGGGAACAUGAAAAUGAGAAAGACCAUUCUGCCGAAAGGCGACGGAGCCGGGAGGAAGGAAUUCGAAGGGGUGAAAGGGAUAGAAGAAGAGAGGUACAUAGGGAUACAGACCGGCAUCAUAGGGAUAGAGACCGACAUCAGCACAGAGAUCCCGAUCGGAAACAUAAACACUCGGACACCCACGGAGAGAAGGAUAGGGACAGACACUAUCAACUGAGUCCUAUCAACUUUUGCCGGCACUAUCACCUGAAGGCUGAAGCGCGUAAGGCCGAAACCGGCACUGCUGCCGAUGCUCGUACUAACAGGGGGGGCAUCAGUGUGGGCGUAGUUCAUCGCAGCCUGCAUGAGGCCGAUUGCGGCAAGUGGUUUCUCUCUUGCUCAGACUUGAGAGGGGCAUUGAAGCGCAGGAUGGACAAGCCUGGAGGGGAUGGGGACUUAACAUUUUAGCCAUGCUAAAACGGCUGAGAUUUCAUUAAAUUUGUUGUCAUGCUGUCCCUUGGUUUCACACUA